AAUUGAAACCAACUUUCAGUGUAUACGUGUGGUGCACUGAAACGCACGUGGUUUUCAAUAUUUCGCUGCUUCUUGAUUUUAAUUUUUUUUAUCAUUUCGUUGCACGUUUUGUAUACUUGAUUUCUAUGAUUUUAAAUUUUUUUUUGUUAUGUUAUUGAGCACGCGUUCGACAUAUUGCACACUUUCGUUGUAUUAUUUUUUCGUCAAUUUUAUUCCAUCAUUUUUUUAUUUAUUCGUAUUUGAUUUUCAAACGCAAAUAAUUUAGCUAUCACCAAUGCAUGUCACUUAAAAAGUCUGCACAUUGCGAUAAAACUAAAAAAAAUUCUAAAUCCAACAUGCAUUCUCCUCCACAAUACAUAGUGAGAACUCAUGCCAUAAGUGGUCUUCAGAGUACCGAACCUAGGGCAACUGUUGUUCACAUACAACACACAUCUGCAUCAGAUAGACACAAGUAUCUAUCUCAGAUUCUAGCUACUUUGGCAGUAUCAUUGGGACCUUUCGCAGCGGGCUUGGGAAAAGGAUACAGUUCGCCGGCUGUAGCCUCGCUUCAGGACCAGUUACCAGUAUCGUCGACCACUUCGUCGUUACCUCAGACUUACAAAAUGACAUCGUCGAAUUUCAGCGCAGCUCACGAUACGAUGAAUGUGAAAAUUUUCACGGUGACAGAUCAAGAAGCUUCGUGGGUAGCCAGCUUAUCGCUACUUGGCGCUUUGUUCGGAGCCAUUUUCGGUGGUCUGGCUAUGAAAUUCGGUCGACGAAACGUUUUGUUGGCCACCGCUGUACCUUUUUCUGUAUCUUGGAUAUUGACCGUUUUCGCUGUGAAUGUACAAAUGAUGUACGCUACCAGUUUCAUAGCUGGAUUUUGCUGCGCCAUUAUCCUCACUGUUUCGCAGGUAUACAUCAGUGAAAUAUCAGAUCCUAGUAUACGAGGAUGUUUAAGCGCGGUUCUAAAAAUUUUCGGCCAAGUAGGCGUAUUGAUUAGCUUCAUCAUGGGGGCAUACUUGAACUGGCGUCAACUAGCCAUGGCCAUAAGUGUCGCCCCUAUAGCUCUAUUUUUCACUAUUCUGUACUUGCCGGAAACUCCAAGCUACCUGGUGCUAACUGGACGAAUCGAGGAAGCUGCCAAAUCAUUGCAAUGGCUCAAAGGAGGCACUUACUACGAAAUACAAAAGGAACUGGCCACCAUCAAGAACAACGUGAUGAAAAGUCGUCUAUCGUCGUGUCGUCGAAGACCCGGGCAGUACGGUAAUCUGGGCGACAUUGUCGAUAAACUUUGGCAUCCGAUAGCCAUAACUUGCGGUCUGAUGUUUUUCCAACGAUUCUCCGGCGCUAAUUCGUUCAACUUUUACGCCGUGUCCAUAUUUCGACAAACUUUCGGCGACAUGAAUCCUCACGGCGGUGCGAUAGCCGUCAGCUUCGUCCAGUUACUCGCCUCGUUGCUGUCGGGUUUGCUAAUCGAUAGCAUCGGUAGGUUACCUUUGCUGAUCACUAGCAGUAUGUUUAUGUCGAUCGCUUUAGCAGCUUUUGGAUCUUACGCGUAUUUCGAAGAAGUCAACGAAUCGCUCAGAAGGUACCAUACACAUACGCAGGAUUCGUCCAUCCAAUACGACUGGAUACCUUUACUUUGCGUGUUGAUUUUCACAAUAGCUUUCUCUUUGGGUAUAAGUCCCAUAUCGUGGUUACUCGUAGGCGAAUUAUUCCCCCUAGAAUAUCGUGGUUUGGGCAGCGCCCUGGCUAUGUCUUUCAGCUACGGAUGUGCCUUCGUCGGAGUCAAAACGUUUAUCGAUUUCAAAGAAGCUCUCGGGUUGCACGGAGCGUUUUGGCUUUACUCGGCGGUCGCUGUAGCUGGACUCUGCUUCGUCGUCUGUUUCGUUCCGGAGACCAAAGGCAGAGAUUUGCAAGAAAUGGACCAUAAUUUUCUAAGAUCGUGAUAUCUAGUGAGCAUUAACACCAUCGUCGCCACCGCUGCCAGUGCCACCUCCUCCUCAUCCGAUAUGCUGAAAGUCGAAGCUGUCAAAUUGUCGAUUAUUUCUCGAACUUCUUGCUGAGCACUAGCUUGGUAGGUACCUAUCGCCAUUCACAAUGGCCUCGAAGAGAAGAGGAUAACAUAUCGCGAAGAAAUAUCGAAAUAUAUAUACAAACGACAUAUCUGUUAUAUCAAAUUCAGACGUGUUACAUAUGAAAGAAUGUCAAUUUUAAACAAUCAGUAAUGUUUUAUUAUUAUUUUCGGCUGCAUCGAUAAGCGUGUAUCGUAAAUUCACUGCCCCAAUGCUCGAAAUUAGCUCGUACAAUUAUAAAUUUUCGAAAUUUAGAAAAUAAUAAUACUCGUAAUUAGGUCGAAUAUUUUUCGCCAUCCUAAACACCAGUACAAUAUAGGUUGACAUCAAACCUCUUUUUUUCGUUUAUUUUUUUUGACAUUUUACAUGCUUCGUUGACAAUAAUUUUAUAACCAUUAUUUUUUUUCUCUUUUUGUUUUUUAUAUAAUAAAAUAAAACCAUUAUUUUUAGUUCUAAAAAAGUCUUCCAGUUUCCUAAAAAAAUUCUUUUACUUUACCGCAGCGAUAUUUUCAAUCACUCGUGCCUUGCCUAAGAUUCGAAAUAAGUAUCGCAAAAAAAAUUCUUAGAUGAAAAAAAAUUAAAGAUCUUUGAUUAGAAAUUGGUGUACUAUAAAUAUUAAAUUUUAGAAGACUGAAAAAAAAAUGUAGAAAGUUGAAAACUUUUAACCCUUUUCUAAAAGAUAUUGCUACGUAUAAACUUCUUUUUAAUUUUAAUACUUUUUCGUAUUAGUACAAAUUUUAUUUUAAGGUUGAUUUUUUUUACUGAUUUUUAUAGAAGCUUAUAUUUUUUUAUACUUUUUUCUUAAUUAGUGCAUUCUUGACAUUUAUCACUGAUAAUGUUUCUUGUAUAAGGAUUACCUAAGGAUGACAAGGUCGCGUAUAUCUGUAUGUGGAAAUACCUAUUGAUUUAAAAGCUCUUAUACCGAGUGAUUACCUAUUAACAUUUUUCUUCUCAACACUUGAUCUACCCCGCUGUUAUCCAAAUCCUAUAUGUACGUAUACGUAAUACGUAUUCUCUCUGUUAACCAUUCUAACGUUAAUUUCGCUAUUAUACGAUUUCUCUGUCUCUCUAUCUCUUUCCCCCUCUCGAUAGCAAAUGUACGUCUUAUAAUAAAUGUACUAUUUUAUUAGUAUUCCGCUGUACCUAUUCCGUAAAACAUGAUUUUCUUUGUUACCUAACAAUUUGUUGACAAUAUUGACAAUACGCUUUAUCGAGUGAAUAUUAUAAGUUCAAAGCUGAUUAAAUAUCUCUGUUAAUGUCGGAAAAUUUAAAAGAAAAAUAUUAAAUGUAUUUUUCAGGUU